AUGGGGAGACCGGGCCGGGGGAAGCCCUCUGGAGCGCCGCACCGCGAGUUCGCAGUCUCCGAAGGCUCCGCGCGGAGGCCGGCAGACUCUCCUGGGAAGGUGGCGGGGGCAUGUGGGGCCCGAAGCGCUGGGCCUCUGGCCAGCCCCGGGCGGGCAUGGGGCGGUGGGCGGGCGCCCGGACUGGCCCUGCCGCUGUUGCUGGGGCAGCUGCUGGCGCUGCUGGGCCGCGGGGGCGCGUUCUACCUUGAGGUCCGCGAGCUGGAGGAGAAGUGCUUCAUCCAGGAGAUCCCCGAUGGCACCGUGGUCAUAGGUAACUACAAGACCGAGCUGUAUGACCCUGCUAUGGAAAAGUACCAGCCUUCUCCGCAGUGGAUCAACUUAUUCGUGUUUGUGAAGGACCCCGAGAAUAAGAACCUUCUGGCCCGUCAGUAUGGCCCUCAGGGCAGCUUCACCUUCACCUCCCAGUCUCCCGGAGAGCAUCAGAUCUGUCUUCACCUGGAGUCCAUCCGGUUCGCUCUCUUCUAUGAUGGCAAACUGGCCAUUCACUUGGACAUGCAGUUGGGUGAACACACCAAUGAUUAUGCAGAGUUUGCAGCCAACGACAAGCUGACCCUGCUGCAUCUGCGUGUGCAGCAGCUGGUGGAGCAGGUGGAGCAGAUCCAGAAGGAGCAGGAGUACCAGAGGUGGCGAGAGGAGCGCUUCCGGCAAACCAGUGAGAGCACCAACCAGCAAGUGCUAUGGUGGUCCAUUCUGCAGACCCUCAUCCUUGUGGCCAUCGGCGUCUGGCAGAUGCAGCACCUCAAGAGCUUCUUUAAAGCCAAGAAGCUGGUGUAGGUGGGCCCCAGAGACCAGAGAUCCUGCCCUCACUCACUCUCCUUCUGCUGACUGAUGGAAAAUGGACUGGCCUGGUCUAUCUCUUGGCUUCCCCCACCCCUCCCAACCCCACAGGGCUUCCUUGCUACUGGCAGGGGGACAAAGGACCUCUUUGAACUGGUUUCUCAGCCAGCACUGGGGAGAAGAUGGGUUUCCAGCUGGAGACACUUGGGUGGGGGGAGCUGUAGGCUCCUUUGUGGCUCUGUGAUGCUGAGCAGGAGGAGUAUGAGGGUGCCCCCAACCCCCAUGUUAAAGAGGAUGGAUGAACUAUCCUAAAAUGGAGAAAUAAGAGUGAACGUCAAUUAUAACUGACCAGCUUUAUGACCUAAACGUUUAUUGCCUCCUACUCUGCA